CGUCGUAGUGUUUGGGUUAGGUAGAGUUUGUCAUAGGCAGCUGAAGAAUGACAGGAAGGUUGAGUUUCAAACAUAACAACCUUCUUUAACUAUGUGAAAAAGGUACCCCUCCCAGAUUGAGAAGAUUGAUUAUGAGGAGGGGAAGUUGCUGGUUCACGUUGAGCACUGGAGUCACAGGUUAGACAAGUGGAUUCUCUGGGAUAGUGGCUGAUUGCGUCCCCUGGAGAAGCCAGCACUCCUCAAAGAGGGACUAAAAGAAGAAGAGAUGUCUGAUUUGAAGCCGGGUGAGGCAGUUUUGGCCAGAUGGACCGAUUGCCGAUACUACCCUGCUAAAAUAGAGUCCGUACACAAAGAAGGUACAUACACAGUGCAGUUUUAUGAUGGAGUUAUUCGAUGCAUGAAGAGGAUGCAUAUCAAAUCAAUGCCAGAGGAUGCAAAAGGGCAGCAGGACUGGAUGGCCCUGGUAAGAGCCACCUCGCCCAUGAAGAGGAAGCUGCGCACCACCUCAGACCGAAGCAUGGACAAGGAGGAGAGGAGAGCGGGGAGGCCAGAAGACAUGGCCGACAGGGAACCCGCAGACAAGGACUCCAGUGACGACGAGCUGGACUCCACCGAGAAGAUGGCAGCACUGGGAUGCAUUGGUAUGGAAGAGCCUAAGCCAUCCCUUGAAAAGGCUGCAAUGGCAGAAGCUAAAAAGGAAAGAACCAAAGCAGGCAGCAUGCUCAGCACAAAGAGAUCGCUCAGCAGCAAGAUCACAGUCUCAAAAGAAGCGAAGGAAGAUGAGACGCAGAGGAAGGAGGAGAGGAGUGAUGCUCCAGAAACUUGUGCAGAGGGACCUUGUGCAGAUACAGGGGAACACAGCACACCUGCCUUGCCCAGCAAGCCACGGAGUGUCCGUCCAAAACAGGACCCGGGGGACACCAGCAGCAGCCACUGUCACCCCAGGGACACAGCUGCUACAGAGGAGACGCAGGCUUUAGGAGAGGCCACGGCUCCUCCCGGCCCAGGCGUCCCUGACACCGCUUGGACUGACUCCAUCCUUCUGGCUGUGGAGAAAUCCAAGCCACCUCUGUCCAAGCCCACCUUCACAGCAUCACCACAUCCACCACUUCAGCCUGUAAUCACAGAGAGAGGCAGGCAGCCUGAGAGUGCCUCAUCCAAUCAGACACUGGCUGGAGACAAGGUGUUCCUGCCCAAAACAGGUCAAGCAGUGGUGAAAAGUGCCGAUAUGAAGGCAGCAGCCAGAACCCCGAAGCUAAACAAGCAUUCCCGGGAGCCGAUAAUGAAUACCAUAAAGUCAGAGGACCCCACAUCUCCAAGAGAGUCCCUCUUUGACCCGGACCAUAACAAGUUCAAAUGUCAGGUUCCCGGCUGCUCCAAAGCCUUCCGCAAAGCCAAGCUGCUGGACUACCACCUCAAGUACUACCACAGCACGGAGAAGGUGGCAGAGUUGGAGGCAGGGUCCCCCAGCAGGGCAGGGCGCACCAGGACCACCUCCGCCUCUGUGCCCUGCAGCACCCACCCCGAAGCAACCAACAGCAAGAGGCGCAGAACUGUCUCCACCUCUGCCUCCCUGUCCCCCCCUGAACAUGCCUUGCACAUGGACCCUUACGGGGUUGGCCUGAGACCCCCCAAACUGAGUAAGAAGAAACACUCUUCCACCUCAGUCAGCUCAGAGGGCGCGGAGGACUUGCUACCACCAUCCUGGAACAAGUCCUUCGAGUGUCUGCACGACAGGAUCCUGAAGAAGUCCAUGGAGAAAGACAACCACCUGGACCUAGGUCAGUGUUUGAGAUUUGAGAAAAAAGUCAGACUUGAGGAGAAAUGCCUCCCAAUAGGGAAGAAGAAAGAGAAGGAUAAGGACAAGAAAGACAAAAAGGAGAAGGACCUUUUUAAAAUAAAACAGAAGAAAAAGAAAAAGAAGAAGAAGAAGUCCAAGCACCACAAUUACUCAGACUUUGAGGACAUGCCUCUGGCCCUCCUGGGGAGAUGCUCCUUUCCUGUGAGCCAAGCAUCUGGUAGUGGCUUCAACCUGCAUAGCAGGGCCCCCUCCAGACAGACGACCCUCCAGUACCCCCGUGCCAUCCUCUCUGUGGACCUUACGGGAGAGAACCUGUCAGACAUCGACUUUUUGGAGGACUCGUCCACAGAGAGCCUGUUCCUCAGCGGAGAUGACUGCAGCCAGGACCUGGACUCACUCUCCAUUGAUGAUUUCCAGGAAGAGGGUGACACAGCUGAGAUCGUGCGCUGUGUCUGCCAGACUGAAGAGGAGAAUGGCUUCAUGAUCCAGUGUGAAGAGUGCAUGUGCUGGCAGCAUAGUAUGUGCAUGGGCCUUCCUGAGGACAGCCUGCCCAAACAUUACACCUGCUACAUCUGCCGGGACCCUCCAGGUCAGAGGUGGAGCGCGAAAUAUCAGCAUGACAAGGACUGGCUGAAGCGAGGACACCUGUAUGGCCUGUCCUUCCUGUCGGAGAACUACUCCCAUCAGAAUGCCCAAAAGAUUGUCUCUGCCCACCAGUUGUUGGCUGACGUGUACGGCAUCAAGGAGGUGCUGCACGGACUGCAGCUUAAGAUGGGCAUAUUGCAGAACAAACAGAGUCCCAGCCUGCACCUGUGGGCGCAGUCAUGGGUGAACCUUGAGGAGGACGAGCCAAUGGGCGGGCGCCCGGCCCCCAUAUUUUACCCAGAGCACCUGGCGGACAGCCUGGGUCAGAGCUCCAACCCUGACGCCUAUAUUGCCAGUGAGCACAGCUACCAGAAGCCCCCGGGUCUGGGGCUGGACCCCUGGCCUACCGCUGGCCUGCUCAGCUCACAAGGGGAGGAGGGACCUACACACACGGAGACGGCUGCGAUGGCUGUAUCUGGCUGCUUGGUUGAGGGCCGCUCGGAAUUAUGUGAUCAGGCAAGGAAUCACCUCCAGUGGCAGACGAACCUACUGGCCCACAUCGAGGACGUUCAGAACCAGGUCGCCGUCCGGAUGGACCUCAUCGAGAGGGAACUCGACGUGUUGGAGAGCUGGCUGGACUUCAGUGGGGAGCUGGAGCCUCCGGACCCCCUGGCUAGACUGCCCCAGCUGAAACGUCGGAUCAAGCAGCUCCUGACAGACCUGGCCAAAGUGCAGCAGAUGAGCACUCUGUGCUCCAUCUAAGCCAGGGGCCCCGCCUGCCGUGACAUCACCCAGCCAGCCAAAUGGGCUCCACCCACUUACACUUGGGCACAUGUACCUGAGGGUUACCAUUGGCUGUGAUCAAAGUGGAAAACAAUGCAAGGUCAUAGCGCAUACCUCAGAUUCAGGUAGGGGAGGAGACACAAUAAGAGACUUCACAUGGAGGGUUUAUGACAGGAAGCUGAAGGAAGUAAAACAGGAAGUGCUUGGAAAACCCAGACUGCACAUAGCAUAACUGCAAAAGUCUAUAGUUUGGAAUUUAAAUAAAAAGGUUAAAGGUCUGUCAAAUGGUCACAUACACUGAGAUGUUCACAUACACUGAGAUGUAGUGUUUACUCUGAUAAACAGAGAAGCUCACAUGUGUGAUUGUGUGAUAAGCUUUCACAGUCACAAAGUUACACUUAGCUUAUCUGUUCUUUGCUGUGC